CGACUGGCCAGAGGAACUGUUUAACUGUAGAGCCGUCCGGAUACCGCCGAAAUGAAAUCAAGGAUCAAGAAUGAUUCCGACAACAACGUGUCGGACAUGGGUCUGAUUAACGUUUUAUCGAUUCAAAAGCAAAAAAAACGUUUACCCUGGUAUUAUGCCCCCUCAUUUCUGAUCCUUUGGGUAGCUCUUUUCUACGCGAUCGUGUUCCCUCUCUACCAUCGCCUUCCUGAUAGUGUUAUGAUUGCGGAUGAGUCUCGAAAGCCAGGAGAAUUCGUGGCGGAACGUGCGCAGAGAUUGCUGUACAAGUAUGAUCGAAUAGGACCCAAGGUUGUGGGUAGUGUGGCGAACGAGGUGACUACAGUGGCCUUUAUUAAGGAAGAAGUGGAAAACAUUCGGGCAGCUAUGCGCACGGAUCUCUACGAUUUGGAAUUGGAUGUUCAGCAACCGUCUGGAGCUUAUAUGCACUGGCAAAUGGUGAACAUGUACCAGGGAGUUCAGAAUGUGGCCGUAAAGUUAAGUAGCAAGAGUUCCAAUAGCUCUUCCUACGUCCUGAUGAAUAGCCACUUUGAUUCCAAGCCAACUAGUCCAGGUUCUGGGGAUGAUGGGACUAUGGUUGUGGUUAUGCUAGAGGUAUUGCGGCAAAUGUCCAUUUCGGAAACCGUAUUCGAGCAUCCUAUAGUUUUUCUUUUUAAUGGAGCCGAGGAGAAUCCCUUGGAGGCCUCUCAUGGCUUUAUUACACAGCACAAAUGGGCCCCAAAUUGCAAAGCUCUAAUUAACUUGGAAGUAGCCGGUAGUGGAGGGCGUGAUCUUCUCUUUCAAAGCGGCCCCAAUAAUCCAUGGCUCAUAAAGUACUACAACCAAAAUGCUAAACAUCCGUUUGGCACCACAAUGGCCGAGGAGAUUUUUCAAUCAGGAAUCCUUCCCUCUGAUUCUGAUUUUCGUAUAUUUCGGGAUUAUGGACAGCUUCCAGGACUGGACAUGGCUCAAAUUAGUAAUGGUUAUGUUUAUCACACCAUUUUCGAUAAUGCUCAGGUAAUUCCCCUAACUUCCCUCCAAAGUUCUGGUGACAAUGCUUUAUCUUUGGUACGCGGUUUUGCCAAUGCUUAUGAAAUUAAUGAAAUUAAUAAUUCAGAGGAUUAUAGCAAAGGACAUGCCGUUUUCUUCGACUUUCUGGGACUCUUCUUUGUGUACUAUACAGAAACCACUGGAAUUAUCCUGAACUGUUGUAUUUCUGUGGUCAGUAUGAUUCUCGUGGGUUGCUCUCUAUUAAGAAUGGCCCGUGAAUCGAAUGCAUCACUGGGGCAGAUAUCCACAUGGUUCAGCAUCAUUGUAGGGCUUCAUGUCCUAGGAAUGCUUCUUUCUCUUGGGUUACCGCUUCUGAUGGCCGUCGUAUACGAUGCUGGAGACCGUUCUUUGACGUAUUUCAGUAACAACUGGUUAGUGAUUGGAUUGUUUGUGGUUCCGGCAAUUAUAGGUCAGGUUUUACCCUUGACGCUUUAUUAUACUCUGAAACCGAAUGAGAAAAUAAGCCAUUCUAAUCACCUACAAAUGAGCCUUCAUGCUCACUGCAUACUUUUGGCUUUGAUUGCCAUUGUCCUUACGGCCGUAAGUCUGAGGACACCUUACCUAUGUAUGAUGUCUAUGCUUUUCUAUGCAGGAUCUGUUCUAAUCAAUCUUCUGAGUACUCUUCAUGAUCGCGGUUAUCUUUGGGUAUUUGCAGUUCAAAUCCUGCAAUUGAUGCCGUUCCUUUACUUCUCCUACCUCUUCUACACAUUUCUACAGGUCUUCUUUCCCAUGUUAGGCCGCUUUGGCCACGGCACAAAUCCAGAUCUUCUUAUAGGUCUGAUAUGUGCUUUGGGAACUUUCUUUGCGUUAGGAUUUGUGGCCCCCCUGAUUAAUAUGUUCCGCUGGCCAAAAUUAGUAUUGCUUGGUUUGGGAGUGGUUACUUUUAUUUUUUGCAUGAUUGCGGUUUCGGAUGUGGGAUUUCCUUAUCGCGCCAAGACCAAUGUGAUGCGGAUUCACUUCGAGCACGUUCGCCGCAUCUUCUAUGAAUACGAUGGUUCGGUGAGCCUAAGCGACUCUGGCUACUAUUUCGACUUUCAGGAUCGUCGGCUCUAUUAUCCUCUGGAGGACUCCUUGAAUCUCACUGGCAUGAUUAGCACAUCGUCGUAUUGUGAUAAGUAUUUGAUGUGCGGUAUUCCUUGUUUUAACCACCGAUGGUGCAAGACCCGAGAGAAAAGCCACUGGCUGCCACGUGAAAAAGAGAUAACUAUUCCUGGACCAACGUCACUGAAGCUUCUCAGUAAAACCGUUCUGGAGUCGGGAAAAGUGGCGCGUUUUGAAUUUGAAAUGUCAGGACCUCCACACAUGAGCCUGUACAUACAGCCACUUGAUGGAGUAUCUGUGGAUGAUUGGUCCUUUAUACGGAAUCAACUUGAUGAACCCGAAACGUACUCGGCACCCUAUCAAAUAUUCUUUGCCUAUGGAAUUGAUAACUCUCCUUUGAAAUUUCACAUUGACCUUGCGAAAUCCUCUGGAGACUUUAAUGCACCCACAUUCCAGUUGGGGUUUUCUGCUAGUUUUGUCAGCUAUGACUACGAACGUGAUGCAGCUGGCUUGCAGUUUAUAGCUGAUUUUCCAGACUUUGCUCACGUCAUGGAAUGGCCAACUCUCUAUGAACGUUAUAUAUUCUAAGCUAAUAACAAUAGCUUAUUUUGUUUGCACCAAACACUUUAAUUUAAGACAUCCCAUUAAAAGCACUGAAAAUAAA